UAUGUUGAUUUGGUAAAUAAAGCUCUGUUUUAUUAGAUUUCAGCGUUUAUAUAUUAAUUAAUUCCUUAAUACUCAAAUUUGUUUUGAUAAAAACUGAGUUUUCUAUAUGAAUAGCUCAGUGCUGGAUCCGGAACUUCAAAUGCCCGAGUUUCUGGGGGUAAAGUCACUGGAACGGACCAGGAAACGAAAAGGAGACUUUGAUGAUACUUUUUCAUUAAAUAAAGGUUUAAACCAGUCUGCUUCAGAAUUAUCGGAAUCAUCAGAAGGACUUGGUUCUUUAAACCCUGCAAAGGAAAGCCGACGAGAUGAUCGAAGUUUUGAGGCAUUGAUGUCUUUACAAACUGGCAGUCCGAGUCUAAGCUCAUCAAAUCAGACCGUUCCGAUGGGUACAAUCACGACGGCAAAUAUACCUUUGUCAACAGAUGAUUUAGGGUCAAAGAAUUAUUUGUCCAAACCCGCCACAAAUGCUGGAAUUAUAGAAGGAUCUGCCCCAGUGGUUUCAACUGCGCCGCUUUUAAUGAACACAAGCAUUAAAAAAAGUCCUCCACAAGACACCAAUUCUAGAGGCAACGCCAGAUGGACCGCGGAGCACUGGGAUUACCUUGAACAGCGGAUGCAAGAAUUCUGUGAUGCAUUUCAAAUGACACACCAACAGGUAGGAGAACUCUUACAGGAUAAACGCCUUCAUGGACCACUUUCAUCACUAGUCAAAAUCUUAGUAGAUGAGAUGCCAAACUUUACAAGGAGGACGAUUUUACGGCACUUGCGAGCUUUUUACAAUAUUCCAGGUUAUGAAAAAUAUAGCCGGAGGAACUCAAGUGGAAAGGGUGAUUUUGGUGUCCAGGAAACUGCCAUUAUUGCUCAAGAAAUACGGAAUUUUAUUUUGGAGCAAGGCUGGACGGAAUACCAGUUUUGUAAUCAAAUCUGGGCUGGAAAAUGUCCUAAACCAAUUCGCUCCUUUUAUUCUAAUUUGUAUAAAAAACUCUCACAUAGGGAUGCGAAAAGUAUUUAUCACCAUGUCAGACGAGCAUAUAAUCCGUUUGAGGAACGUUGUGUAUGGAGUAAGGAAGAAGAUGAAGAAUUAAGAAGAAAUGUUGUAGAACACGGAAAAUGUUGGACCAAAAUUGGACGGAAAAUGGCACGCAUGCCAAACGAUUGUAGGGACCGUUGGCGUGAUGCAGUUCGGUUUGGCGAUCGCUUGAAGCGCAAUGCCUGGUCUUUGGAUGAAGAGACUCAACUAUUGCAAAUUGUAGCAGAAUUAAGAAAUCGUGAGGAUAUGACUUCCGAUAUUAAUUGGACGUUGGUAGCGCAACUCUUGGGAACAAGAACAAGAUUGCAAUGUCGAUAUAAAUUUCAACAACUAACAAAAUCUGCCCCCAAGUUUGAAUUACAAGAUAAUGUUUGGCUUUUAGAAAGAAUCUACAAUUCUCUAGUAAAAUAUGGAGACCAAAUUCAUUGGGAUGCUAUUGUUCGAGAAGCGAAUGGACGCUGGUCGCGCGAUCAAAUGCUUUUUCAAUUCAUAAACUUGAAGAAAAUGAUUCCAAGUUAUGAUAAUUUGCCCCUUCUAGAAGCUACGCAAUCUGCUAUUUCUGAUUUUAAAGUAGUACUCUCAGGGUUUUCUAGCUGAUUUAAAAUCCCUUUUAUCUUCUUUGUUAUCCUUAUUCUUUUAUAAUCUUCAUGCCUUGUCUUUCUCUCCUGUCUUCCCAACUUCCUUUUCUAUUCUUAUUGUUCGGUCAACUCUCGGUGAAUUCGGUACUUUUAGAUGCUUCAAGGUUUCGUGCAUAAGACGAGUUACUUGUACGAGAACCCAUUAUUUUGAUGUAAGCUUCCAAGAAAAUUGACUUUUCGUCUUCCUUUUUUGCAUGUUUCCUUUAUAUAUUAUUUAAUACAGUCAAUAU